UUCAAGUACAUUACAUGCAAUUUUCUGCUUCAGCAGCCAGAAGAAUAGGAGGCGGGAAUACACUGAGAAGUAGGCAGGAAAUAUUCGAUUUAGAGAGGAGAGGUUGGCUGGAGAACAGAAAUGUAUUUAUCCCUUGCCAAACCAAAAAGCACAGUACCAGAGAGUGAAUUACAUGGCACAUCAGCCCAGCUUAGCAUUCAUCUGACACUCAUACUCUAUCUGCUGUUUACUUCAUUGAAUUGGCGACAUUAACGCUACAAAACACAUUAUAAAAUGACCUCUAACUUUCCACUACCACGACCUCUGAGAAGAACCUGCAGCUUGGCUUCCGCACGGACUAUGCGCAUUGUGGUACUCGGGCAAAGUGCAGUGGGAAAAACAGCACUGACUGUCAGGUUCAUCACUAAACGGUUUAUCGGAGAUUACGAUCCAACGCUUGAAAUGAUUUACAGACACACGGCAGCAAUAGAUGGAGAAUUUGUCCAUUUUGAAAUCCUGGAUACUGCUGGCCAGGAGGAAGACUCACUUCAGAUUGCAGAGAAAAUUAAAUGGGGAGAUGGUUUUGCUGUCGUGUACUCUGUGACGGACCGUUGCAGCUUCGAUGAAGUCAUGCGGCUGUGCUUCCUCAUUAACCACAUUCACUCUGCCAGCAAAAAAGGGGCAUCAGAGCAGCCACCUGUUGUGAUCGUUGGCAACAAAAAAGACCUUCAGUUUGAUCGUAUGGUGUCCACCGAUGACGGAGAAAAACUUUCUAAGGCUUUAAAGUAUCCAUGUUAUGAAAUUUCAACCAGAGACAGCUACGAAGAAGCGUCUUUGGUCUUCAAUGCACUUUACUAUGAACUUUUGAGACAAGGGAGUCUUUCCCCUGGGACUUUCAAGAAAAAGAACGUAUCAAAGUUAAUAGAAAAGAUUCCUAAGAUUUAUGCCAAUUCUGCCUUGGGUGCAAGUGGCUUUGGCAGAAGUUUGAGUUUCAAUUCGUUUCGAGAUUAUAUUCCAGAAUGAAGUGAUGGCUAUACAUAAUUAUUUUGCAAAGAAGUCUGAUUUACUAGGAAAAUGUUGAGCACAUCUACUAAGUAUACUAGCAUUUAGUGGUCUACAGCUGGCAUCACUAUCGCGGUACAUAGGCUGAUGGUGAAAUCUAGCACGGCUCCAAUUACCAUUACAUUUUUCACAACUGUACAUAAAUAUAUUACCUACAUUUCAAUUUAUUUCCAGAUUUUGGCAAAUAGUUCCAGAUAUUUAAGAGUGUGGGUAUCACAGUGUAUAUGUAAAUCGUUAUAGGGUACGGUAGAAAUAAUGGUGGUCGGGAUGCCGGUGGGCACAUGACUGACAGCGGCAUUCCGACACUGAAGAUCCCAACAUCAGAGGGGAUAAGUAUUUUAACCCUCCCCUACCCUAACCUGGGUUUGUGGCUAUGGUUAACCCUUCAGGGUUGUCGGCUAGGACUACCCUUUGGCCGUGGUGGCUAUGGCUAACCCUUGGGGGGUGUCAACUAGGGCUAACCACUCCCCCUAGUGCCUAACCCUAGCCCCCCCUAGUGCAUAAGCCUCCCUCCUCGGGUCCUAACUUUGAUAAUUGCCUUCAGGAUGUCGGCUGUUGGUGUUCUGGUGCCGGUCUCCUGAGUGGUGUUGGGAUUCCGGCAUUGUUAACAUGACCGCCAGGAUGCUGAAUGCAUCCCAUCAUUAUCACCUAGUGAAAAUAAAGGCAAUGUUUGCUUCAGGGGCAUAGUCUUGCCCAAGGGCGCCAAGUGCAACUGGACCCUCCUCCAAGCAGUCGACCCCCCAACCCCACCUAUUACCUUGUGCCAGCUAGCAGGUCCCUCCUCCUCUGUGGCACUAUCUUCCUGGUGAUACUGGUGAGGGCUUUGUAAAGUCUUUGCUUUCACUGCAUGGGGCCAUUUUCCUGAAGGUGUCAUUGGGAAGAUAUCGCAACGGGACUAAAGAGUGACACACCUACUGGCAUAAGGUAAGUAUACUCUGGGUACAUGGUGUACAGGGCAAUGGUCCCUUGUGCACUGUACACCCUUCACCCAUUAUAAGUAGUUUCAACAGAUUACAUUUUUCCUCUACUGUGUGUUCUCUAUGUACUCUACGGAUAGGAUCAGACAGGAAUUGCUUUUGAGAGCAGAGCGCUUGAAAUUGUGUAUCUUUAUUUUAUGUGUACACAAUUUCAAGUGCUCUGCUCUCAUAUAUGUAACUUUGGUCUUUAAUCAGAGCUGCUUAGACAUUCAAAAUUCCCAGCUACAGCGCAGUUUUUUCUUUUUAAUUUAGGAAUAGCUGUUGGCCAGUGUAAGUUGUUUUUAUCUCUUGAUAAGUAAUAAUAUUAUAUGAUGAGACCUUUAGAGAGGCUUUGUGGAAUGAGAAAAAGAGGAAAAUUAAUGUUGCUGCCCAUCUGCGUUUGCAUGAGAUUUUAGGAGCUAAUUGUGAAUCGAAAAAGCUAUUUCUCCUAGUUGGCUUACAUAAACGAGCUAAUAACAAUUCUUAGGAGGCACUUCUAUUAGUGGCGAUACCCAUUAAAUGUCGGGAGAAAAUGGUUGGAAUGCCAGCAGCUCAUAAACACCAACCAAACUGAUUUGUUUUUCUCUCUAAAACACCUGCUUAGAAACAUACUAUGGACCUUAUCUUAUAGCAUGCAAGUUGCAGGUAGCUAUUCAAUUAGAGCCUCUAUGUUCGGAUGACAAAGAAAGUGACAAUCGGAGUCAGCUGAGUAUUUGCAAACUGCCAUUCACAAGUAGUUUUCUUGUGCCAGUUACCGUCCUCAUCAUCAUUUGCUAUUUGCACCCGGCCUGCUUAGCAACAUAAGCAUCUUGUUCCCGUGCUGCAGCUGUUCACAAUGAUACAGGUUUGUUUAGGUGUACAUGUAUAUACUGUACCCACUGUUUUCAUGCAAGAUAGCUAUGCAAACUGCCAUAAUUCUCUAUCAGACCUCUUGUGCUUGGGACGUAUGGUAAAAGUUAUUAUGUGUUUUUAAAACAAUACACUACACAAAUCCUUAUAUGUGUCUUAUUCAGAACAGUGGUGUAAAAAUUAAACUGCCCUUUAAGCGUA